UGGAUACCGGCGAAUCCUAAGCGCACCCCCGGAGGUGAACGCGUAUACACGAAAGUUAGAACCAGUCGUCUAAUAUCCUUUAUCAUCGAUGUCAGUCGAUGAGCUCGCCUCGCGUCGCAUAGGGUUCCUCCUCGUGGCUGAGAAAAAUCUGACUGCGCGUCGCGCGUCAACCCUUUCAACAAUCGUACUUCCCGUUUCGUGACAGCCGUAAAACGGAGUGAAUUAUGAACUGAAACCGAUUUUAAUAAGAAGACUAGAGAAAAAUAGAUGUGUUCGAUGCUCGUUUGUGACGGAAUAGGACAAGAUCUUGAAGAAUGCACAAACUUCCGAGUUCUGUAUCGUGAUUGUGAUUUUUCUACAGAUAGUAAUAAACUAUCGACUGUGAAGGUGCUAUUUUAAAUCGGCUAAAACACGUUUCAUUUAAAAAAAGUAUGUCCGUCCGUCGGUCGUAGUAACGUUAACAAUUUACAAAUCACAUUGUACGACACUAUAAACUGAAGUUAUACAUAACUGAGAGAAAAUUUUGUGAUACCCCUGUGAAAAUUGUAUUUGACGAUAAUCAGAUUCUCGUAACAUGGUAGAAAGUAUCUAUGCGAGUGAUUCGCCUAGAUCGCGUUCUCCGAUGACGGAGCCGUCGAGUCCUCUUCAAGAUGGUCCCGGUAUAUCCGGUUACGGUCACCGGUAUCUAUACAACUACUCGCCUGAGAGCCUGCAGCAGAAGCUAAAGAACAACGAGGAACAGAACACGGUUACUGGAAGGCGGCACGACAUCGACGGACGCGACAGAACGUUUGCUAGGAGCCCGAUGAGCACCGAUGAGGCGCGAUACAGACCGCGCGAGGUUUCAAGACCGAGCUGCUCGGCCACUAUGUCCUCCCCCACGUCCGCCUUCACCAUUGAGAACAUCCUAGCGCCGAGGCCCAUCGGGAACAUGACACCUACGAACACCGUCGGCCUCGGGUCAAUUAUUCAGAACCCGGAAACCGUGGGUUCGCCGUCGAGAACCACGACGAUGCAUCCUCUUCAACAGCAGAUCCAUCAUCUCGCGUUCACGUCUGCUGACUUGUUCGCUGCAGCAUAUCCUAGUUUAUACUCUGGCGGUUACGUGGCUGCGAUGGCAGCGGCCGGCGUUUCCCUUCAUGGGCAACCAACUUUCUAUCACGCAGCUCAUCCCUAUCAAAUAAACCCGAACGCAGCGGCGGUCGGGCCGAUGGCGAAGAGGAAGCGGCGUCACCGGACAAUAUUCACCGAGGAGCAGCUGGAACAACUGGAAGCGACAUUCGACAAGACGCACUACCCAGACGUGAUCUUGAGGGAGCAGCUCGCACUUCAAGUUGAUCUCAAGGAAGAAAGAAUCGAGGUAUGGUUCAAGAAUCGACGUGCCAAGUGGCGUAAACAGAAACGGGAAGAGCAGGAACGUAUGCGGAAACUUCAGUUGGAGCAACGUCAGCGUGCCGACGAUGGCGUGUCUACGGCUACGGUCAAAGUUGCCGAUCAUUUGACGAUGGCCAGACAGCAGCAGCAACAACAACAGCAACACGAACAGGAUACCGACAGCUCGGACCUUGAAGUCGCGUAGUCGGAUAUCAAUUUUAUGUUCUCCAAGUUCGUUUUUAUUACACUGAGAGAGUGCCCGGAACGGAUACGAUCUUCCCGGCCCUUGUUUCACGCGAGGGGACACGUGUAAAUACAAAAUUAGGGUGUAAAUAUGUUUGUACAUACAGCUUACGAUCGAUGUGUAUAAUAGAUAGCGAAAUAAAUUAUUGA